CCACCUCAGCCUCUCGACUCCCCCGAUCCCGCACCUCUUCCCGCCGACCACAGCUGCCACGAGGACCACACAUACGGCGCUGCUCGUCCGAUCUCUCACUGCGCAUAGCAUUGCAUUCGCCGUGAUUCACCAUUUUCCAUUAUAUCUCAUCUUUUGCGCUUCUCUCCUGUCUUUUCUGCCACGGUCCCUCGAAUUGGGCCAUGCCGCUUUGAGCACGGCACGUGUCCGCAUCAUCUUUCGCCAUGGUCUCCUUCUGGCCCUGGAGGCGUGACGACUCCUCCCCCGCCUCCUUCGAGAAGACCCUUUCUGCGCUGUCUACCAAGAUCACAGACACCCAAGCGAGACUCGAUGGCGCGCGAGCCACCUCCCGUCGCAUCAGAGUGCUCUGGUCCUUGUACCUCGCCUUUGCCUACCUCGUCUACUCCAUCGUCAUUUUCCUCGUCGUAGGAUGGAACGACAUGGGCGCCUCAGAAUGGACUGGCGUCGCUGGAGGCCCUCUCCUCAUCUACCUCACGCGAACAACCGUCACGGCCGUCUUCAACUACCGCAUCGAUUCCCUAUCUGCUCGCCUCAAGGAGCAGCAGGCCGAGCGCGCAAAGACGAUCCAGAAGCUCAAGGACGCCACAAAGUACAACUCCACCCUGGAGCUCCUCGAGAAGUACGGAGGCGACGAAGGCAAGGGCAAGAACAAGAAGCAGAACGCGGGAGAAGAUGACAAGAAGCCGCGACAGCAGCAGCAGGGCGGCAGGCAACACGAAGGCGCCGCUCCUGGAGGCCGGACGAACAUGGCACCCCCUCCUACCGCCAACAUUCAACGCCGCGACGGUCCCCCUCCUGGCUUCCAAGCCGGACGUCCCCCACAGCAGCCGCCCAACGGCCUCGAACCCACGGAAGAAUUCGCGCCAAACGCCUACGCCCACCCGCCUCCACCGCCCCCUCAGUCGCAACAAUUCGCGCAAGCCGAGGGUCUGCCCGGCUCGUCGCACUGGUACGACCGCAUCAUGGACCUCCUCCUCGGCGAGGACGAGACGGCGUCCAAGAACAGGAUCGCCCUCAUUUGCAAAACUUGCAGGCUGGUCAACGGGCAGGCCCCACCGGGCACAAAGGCCCUCUCAGACAUCGGCACGUGGAAGUGCAUGGGCUGCGGGGCCACGAACGGCGAGAUGGAGGAGGGAAAACGCAUCAUGCAGGAGGUGCUCGGCUCGUCGCGGGCGGGUGAUGUUCCCACGGGCGAGGAGUUUAAGGAGUCUGAUGAGGAGGUCCCUAUCAAGGAGGAGGAGGAUUCUGAUGACCUGGUUGCCGGCGCGAGAACGACGAGACGACAGGGUGGGUCGGCGGCGGCGAAGAAGCGGAAGGGCAAGGGUGGCAAGUGAGUAUAAACGAAAAACACGGGAUGUGGUGAUGGGGAACCGCUGCGCUGGCUAGCUACAGCCGAUUAUUUCAUACCAUAAUUGCAGCGUAUAAAAUAGAAAAUACAUCGACAG